UUCAGGGAUGCUUGCUCUGAACAGUGAAGGAGAGGAGAGAAGGAAGUAGAGGUGAAAAAGCUGAAAGGGAAGGAAAGUGAAAACAGCGAAAGGAAGCCAGAGUCGAAGGCGAGGGGAACGCGGGCUCGGGAAACAGGAACCGGAGCUGGACGCUUCAGCUUAAGAAAGGACUGCUCUUCUGACAAAACGGGUCAACCUUCCAAUGCAAUGACGGAAAAUGCCAUUUACCUACAUACUUCUCACCAUCCAGGUCUCCAAGUGAAAUUGCCAGACAUAUGAGGAUCCACUGAGAAUUCAGAAAUGGAAGGUAUACUACGUUGCUGGAAAUGCCGAAGAUUUGUAUUGAACGCUGAUAGUUUGUCCCUUCCACAGGGGAUACAAAAAUCAAAAAUGCAGGAUGCUGCUGAGGAAUCAACCGGACAAAUCAACUGUACAGUAUGGCAUGUAAAGUUAGAGUCUAUUCCAGAGUGGAUUCAAAAAGAAAUAGAAAAGUCAUGGUGGACAAUUGGGAAACUGAACUGCCAGCACUGAGGGGCCCGUCUAGGGGAAUUUAAUUUUGUUUGCCCUGCCAAAUGCCCUUGUGGGCAGACAGUGACUGUUCAUAUCUGCAAGCGUCGGACUGACUAUGAACCGCUACGUUUAAUCAGAACCACUGAGUCUGCAGAGGUGAAAUCCUUGCAGAAAAUACAAUAUAUACACAUACUAGAACCUGUGGAGAAGUUGGAGCAUGGGUCAAAAAAUAGUUUGUUCCACUACAGGCAAAAAGAAUUUUUACAUCAUUUGAAAAAGAUGGAUCAUGAACAAGGGACUGAUGCCCUUUGCCUGGAGGCAAGAUCACACAACAGAGGAAUUGUAGAAGUUGACAGCAACUUCAAAGCAGCUUAUCCACAGCCAUGCUCUUCUGCUUCACAGCCAGUGAGAGCCAGAUGUGCAGUGAAAGGUUUUCACAAAAAGUCUUUCAGUCUGGAUUUUAACAGCAUAAGCUCAAAGGAUGUGUCAGUUAGUUCUGCUGGCAUUCAUGGAUUAUGUCCACGAUCUUCUUCUUGUGGCCUUAUAAUGAAUCACAUAGAUGAGGCUUCUAAUCCGAUACAGCAGAUUUCGGUGUCAGAAGAUACUAAACUGCAACUGCUUGCAAGAGAAGAAUCAAAUGGAUCUCUCUUUCCUAAUCGAUACAUUAAAGAGUCUGAUUUUGUGUUGAACCCUCAGUCAUUCCAUGAUCAUCCAGUUGAUGAAGAAAACAUCGAUCCUGGUCCAUCUGUGCCAAGACACUGUAGGAACAAAGCUGCUCAUGUAUCCACCACUGUUAGAGGUUGGUCCCCUGACUCAAGUACUGAAACAAGUGAUGCAGAAGAGAGGGGGGAAGGACAUGAAGCUGGAACAAACAAUCCCUGUGAUGAUCCUGCGCCGUGCAUUCCCUUAUUUUCCUCUGUAGAUGAGAGACCCUUGAGUAAAAGAGAGAGAAAUAAACUUAAGAGUUUGAAGAGGAAACAGCGGAAGUGGCAGCGAUGGCAUCAGAGCAAAUUGAAGGAACAAAAACAGGCUUCCAGUUCAAAUCUGACCACUUCAGAUGAUGAUGAAAUUAAGUGGGAAAAGGAAGGCUACAUCUGUGCCGUUUGUCUGGAUAUUUUCUUCAGUCCUUACAUGUGCUACCCAUGUCAUCACAUCUUUUGUGAACCGUGUCUUCGGAGCCUUGCAAAAGACAACCCUACAAGUACGCCAUGCCCUUUGUGUCGUACCAUCAUCACAAGAGUGUUUUUUCAAACAGAGUUGAAUAACACCAUGAAAAGUUUAUUCUCUGAGGAGUAUAUAGCCAGAAGACAAAGCUUUCAAAAAGCAAGCUGUGCAAAAUGGCCAUUGCCUAGCUGCAGGAGACUGAUCAAAGUCUUGGGAGGUUUUCGAAGACGUCCGGAUCCUGUUGCAAGAAGACAAUUCCCUCAUGGUGCCUACAGGCUGGAUUUUGAAGAUGACAAUCGUGGCUGGAGAUUUGACAUGGACAUGGUUACCCAAUCACAUCGCUAUUACAAGAUAUUCUGCAAAUGCUGGAAAUCCAGAGUAACACAGCUAAAAUGCUGGAGGAACUCAGCAGAAGAGGCAGCAAGACAAAGGAAUGAACGGUUGACAUUUUGGAUGAGACCAUUCAUCAGUUCUUGGCUAGAUGCUGCCUGGCCUGCUGCGUUCACCAGCAACUUUGAUGUGUGUUGGUUGAUAGUCUGUGCAUUUUAUAGGAUGGAAUUUUAAAGUAAAGUACAUGAUUUAGAAGUUAAAACUUUUCCAACACGAAUUUCAAUGGUGUAACAAAUAAAAAGCUAACAUAAAUGAACCUUCAUUGGUGCUUUUCAGUUAUUAUUAAUAAAAGUAAAAAAUACAUGUCCUAGUUAUUAGAAAAGAUUGGUUAAGUUGGAAGGUUUUCU